AAGCAGCAAUCCUGGAGAGCCAUGGAAUAGAUGUACAGAGUCCGGGAGGCCAUUCCAACAGCGACGACGUGGAUGGCAAUGACUACUCAGAGCAGGACGCUUGGCAAGUACGCAACGGGGAGGAGGAGGGAAGAUGUUCAGAGGGAGGCAGAGAAGCAGAGAAGGUAGAAGAAGACAGGAGGAUCUGCUCCAAACAAGCAAGUUACACCCCUCACACCACAGGCAGUGAUGACAGCACUAGCCAUAGUGACCACCAAGACCCCAUUUCCUUAGCUGUGGAGAUGGCAGCAGUCAACCACACCAUCCUGGCACUGGCCCGGCAAGGAGCCAACGAGAUCAAGACAGAGGCUCUCGACGACGACUGAUACAAAGAGAGGGGAGGGUCAAAGCAAGAAGUAACUUAGUUUUAGACGUAGCACCUUAGCAGACUUUCCUCGGUCCUUAAUAUGUGUUCUUACAGUAUAACUUUGCAGUUUCUUGUACGUCAGUUUAGCUGUUAGGGUCUUGUUCUGUGAAGAUGGCAUGGUGCCCUCAGCCUUUGCAUAUACUCUCUCAGUAUUAAUUCCCAAUAAAUAAUCAAUCAACCAACCAACCUCCCCUCUCCCGGCCCCAAGUGGCUAGAAAAAAAAAAAAAUCAAAAAAAAA